ACAUAUAUGUAAUAUACCCUGGUUGCUUUCGACGAGGGCACUGUACUGUAAAAACAAAAAAACUAAUUUAAGAAUGAAGGAGGCGAGGGAAGACUAUAUUUUAGUCUUGUAGUCGUAGAUCAAAUUCAUAAAUCAUGUCCUCUGGGUGUGCUAUAAACACUAGAGUGCGGCUGGCCUAAAAAGUUCAGACUGCAACUUCCCUAUUGAAAUUUUGAACAGCAAGCAUGAUCAAUUGGGAAUUUGAGGCUUAUCCCGUCAUGGGCGACCUUGCCCUGGUGCCCAUCAUGGCUCUUAUGUUCCCAAUUGUACGCUUUUUACUUGACAGAUUAAUACUAGAGAGAAUAGGUAAACUGCUUCUACUGGGUCCUUCUGAAGGUUCAGAUCAGCGUGAACAAAAGAAGUGGAAGAAACGAAAUGGAAAGUUUAAAGAGUCUGCUUGGAAAUGCUUAUAUUUCUUGUCAGCAGAGCUUUUUGGAUUAGCUGUUCUUUACAACGAGUCAUGGUUCACAGAUACACAAAAAUUUUGGGUUGGUCCUGGCGAUCAGGUGUGGCCUGAUCAAAAAGUGAAGACAAAAUUAAAGAUAUUAUAUAUGUAUGCAGCGGGUUUCUUUACGUACAGUUUUUUUGCUACAUUUUUUUGGGAGACAAGGAGAUCAGACUUUCUGGUAACCGCAAUGCAUCAUGUUGCAACCGUAGUUCUCAUUACAUUAUCAUACAUGCUAAGGUUUGCACGAGUUGGUUCUAUGGUUCUAGCCAUACAUGAUGCUAGUGAUGUGAUCUUGGAGUUCAGCAAGAUGCUCAAAUACAUUGGCUAUGAUUUGCUCCCAAGCAUUACUUUCGUCAUUUUUGUCAUUUCAUGGAUUGCUUUACGCCUCAUUUAUUUUCCUAUCUGGAUCAUUUGGAGCACAAGUUAUGAAGUUCUUCUUACCUUGGACAAAAGAAGAUACAGGGAUGGGCCUAUAUAUUACUAUGUGUUCAAUACGUUACUUGUCUGUUUAUUUAUUCUCAAUAUUUACUGGUGGGUUUUGAUCUAUCGAGUGUUAGUCAAACAGAUAAGGUCAAAAGGGAAGGUUGGUGAAGAUGUGAGAUCAGAUUCUGAAGAAGAUGAGAAGGAAGAUUGAAAUACAGUGCUAUUUGUGUUAAAAGGCAAUUGGAGUCAAACAAAUGUGUAUCGUAUUUGUUCCUUUUCAUCUUGUGGUGUUCUGGUUAUAUCAUUAUCAAUUUGUUCUUUUGGAAUAUUUAUUUAUUUCAUUGAUAAUCAUGUGGUAUACUACAUUCUUCUUUUCAUCUCAUGAUAAUGGUCAACUUGCAUGCUGGGAAAAUCAUUGAUAUUAACAGUCUAGAAAAAAAUGCUGUCUUUUCUCUCUUAGUAUAUGACGAUAUUUUGUGAGAAUUGGUCUACUAAUUACCAGAUUACCAAGGUUACCUCUGUACUAUCUGUAUCCAGCAUAUGCAAUGUGGAUUUCAGUAUGGAUGCAACAGGAGGAAAUAUGAGAUACUCAAGAAAUUUUAUGUUAUCUGAAUAUUCACAGUUGUA